AUGCAUAUGAUACUGACCUGUCCCGACCGUAGGACUGAGUCGUUUCUCCUUGCUCCCAAGGAGAGGAAAGUCGAGGAAAAGACAGAUACUCGUACUCCCUCCACUUCUAUCUUUACUUUCAACAAAGAGGACCAUACUAUUGGAAACUUGCUUCGCGCGCGUCUGUUGCAGAGUCGCCAUGUUCUGUUUGCUGCCUAUAAGGUGCCUCACCCUCUCGAACACAAGCUCGAACUGCGUGUCCAGACUGAUGGACAGAUUACCCCCAAGGAGGCUCUCCUGGCCGCUUGCCACGACACAGUAAAGGAUCUGGGCACACUCUCUCGUGAAUUCACUAAGGAAUUUGAGCUGCGGAAGAUGGUGGGGGCUACCCAGCAGCAGAAUGGUGUCCAGGAGGGAGCAUAG